AUGGCCGUCUCGCCGACCUACGUACGCUUCUUCAGUGUCUUCUGCUUCCAAGGAGGGGUGUUUCGUGAUCCCCUGCCUCGUUAUGCGACUUGCGACAGUGAACUUCGGGAGUGGCCGUUUCUGCCUGAUUUGGUGAUUCCUGAGUUUAUGCAGGCCCCACACCAGAAGGGGGAUCGACUCCCUACUGACAUGGAAUAUUUGAUUUGGGAGGCCUAUAAGAAAAGCUACGACAUGAGGAACGGUCCAGCGACACACUGGAAGAGUCCGGACCACCUGGGGCUUCGCGCCACCUUCGAGGCGGCCAGGAACGCCCUCAACAUCCAGCGAGUGCAGACUCCCGACGAAGGCAUCUACCGCUGCAGGGUUGACUUCAGGAUCAACCCCACGCUCACCUUUAUCUCUAACCUCUCCGUUAUUGUGCCUCCCCGACGCCUGUUGGUCUACAUUGAUCAGGACGCUGAAGUUCGCGGAGUAGUGGGGCCCUUCCUGGAGGGGGAGACGGUCACCCUCAACUGUCGGGCGGAGGGCGGGUCGCCGCCCCCGAGCGUCACCUGGUGGGAGGGCGCCGUUCUCCUGGACAUGACCUCGGAGGAGGAGACGUCCGAGCAGGUGACCAACACCCUGGUGGUGACCUCGCUAACGAGACGUGACCUCCACCGGCCGCUGACGUGUCAGGCCAGCAACACCAACCUCACCAGGCCGCUUCAGACCACCGUCACCAUCAACAUGAGCUUUCCUCCCCUGUGGGUGAGAAUCCUGGGGGACAGAGCGCCCCUCAGUGCCGGACGGCCGUACGACCUCCAGUGCCAAAUUGUAGGUGCCAAGCCUCCAGCUGCCGUCACCUGGCGCCUCCAAAACAGCGUACUUGGCGGCCAUAGAGACGAGGUCUCCCAGGAAGGCAACGUGACUAACAGCGAGUUAAGAUGGACACCCAGUGUGAAGGAUGCUGGCAAGGUGAUCUCCUGUCAGGCAGACUCUCCCGUGCUGGAGGCUGGCCCCAUGGUCGACGACUGGCGUCUCCAGAUAUAUUAUGUGCCUAUGACCAGACUUCGCCCAGGCCGCUCUCUCAACCUCAGCAAUAUAGAGGAGGGCGAUGACGUCUAUUUUGAGUGUUCCAUCAGAGCCAACCCUUGGGUCUACAAGAUCAGCUGGCUACACGAGGUAAGGCCGCCAUUCCCUGUUGCUCCUAUGUACAUUAAAAGUAUAACUGUAUUUGACUGUAAUGAGAAGUAUAAAGAACCAAUCUGUGGAGUAAUUGUUAGCAAAACUCUCAUCUCGUGUCAUCCAAGAGAUGGUCGUGGAUUCGACUCUCGCCAGGUAGGAACGAAUGGACCUGCUGACAUCAGACCGCCCGACAUCAGACCGCCCGACAUCAGACCGCCCGACAUCAGACCAGCCGACAUCAGACCAGCCGACAUCAGACCAGCUGACAUCAGACCAGCCGACAUCAGACCACAUGACAGUAGACCAGCCGACAUCAGAUCUGCCGACAUCGGACCACAUGACAUCAGACCAGCCGAAAUCAGACCACCUGAUAUCAGACCAGCCGACAUCAGACCACAUGACAUCAGAGCAGCUGACAUCAGACCAGCUGACAUCAGACCAGCCGACAUCAGACCACCUGACAGACCAGCCUACCUCAGACCAGCAGACAUCAGACCAUCCGACAUCGGACCACAUGACAUCAGACCAGCCGACAUCAGACCACCUGACAUCAGACCAGCCGACAUCAGACCACAUGACAUCAGACCAGCCGACAUCAGAGCAGCCGACAUCAGAUCUGCCGACAUUGGACCACAUGACAUCAGACCAGCCGACAUCAGACCACCUGACAUCAGACCAGCCGACAUCAGACCACAUGACAUCAGACCAGCUGACAUCAGACAAGCCGACAACAGACAAGCCAACAUCAGACCAGCUGACAUCAGACCACCUGACAUCGGACCAGCCGACAUCGGACCUGCCGACAUCGGACCAGCCGACAUCAGACAAGCCGACAACAGACAAGCCAACAUCAGAGCAGCCGACAUCGGACCAGCCGACAUCGGACCAGCCGACAUCGGACUAGCCGACAUCAGACCACCUGACAGACCAGCCGACAUGAUACCAGCCAACCUCAGCCCAGCCGACAUCAGACCACCUUGUCGUCCAGAUCCAGUGCACAACUGCUCGGCGUAUAAUCUGACCGUGUCGGUGACCUUCGUACUGCUGGAGCUCUACGAGCCUCGCUCCAACCGCUUGCUGGCCAAUGUUACCAAUAAGGUGCCGACGUUCGCGGUGCCGGGGCUGGCGUCAGGGGUGGCCUUCAUGGGCGUGAUCUACUCCACCAACGAGAAGGGCAGAGGAGAGAUGGUGUCCCUGCAGGUGUACACGGUCAAGGACAUGCCUGAGAGGCCCUUAGCGGCUGUAAAACCCCCGCCCUCCCGCGGCAAAUCAUCGCUACCUCUCAACCUCAACUCCAUCAUCGCCCUGGUGGUGGGCGGCGUGGGCGGCCUCUUGGUGGUGGGCAUGAUCGUGUGCGCUGUGGUGCGCCUGCGUCUGGAGAGAGGGGCGGUGGUGGGUGGAGUUGGUGGGCGGCCAGGGGUGGGGGGUUGUGGGCGUGGGGGGGAAGGGGAUAUGAAGUCGAGCAUGGAAGAGGUAGGGGUGGCGCAGGGGGCGUCCCCCCUCCUAAUGCCGCCCCCUGCCACCACCCUCAAGGACCUCCCCCCACCACCCUCCUCCUCCCCUACCGACCCGGAUGAGAUGAACCCGGAUGUCAUCCCCCACUCAGACGCAGACUCCUGGCACAUUGAAGGUGUCAACACCAUCAGCUCGUCAACCCUGGCUACGGGGUACGCCACCUUGCCCAGGACUGCCCACCUGCACAGUCACCCUGCCACCUUCCAGCAGGCGUGUGUGGGCGGCAGCAGUGCCCACUACGCCGAGCUCUUCCUGCCUGGAGCUGCCGCAGCACAGCCACACCACUGCCACCAGCCACAGCGCGUCCUGUACGCAGCUUUUGACCAGCGAGAGCGGUACCCCGCGCCCCAGCAGCACUACCAGUCCUCGGCGUUCCAGCCCACGCUACCAGCCUCCAGUACGCCCACGCCACACCACCACCAACCGCACCACACGCGCGCGGGACACCCACAGGCGACCCAGGAGCCAAUCUGGACGCCUUCUGCGACGGCGAUAGUCCGGCGGCACUCACUGAGACGCGAUCCUUACACGAGUAACCACGAGGCGACGGUGCCACUCAUUGCUAGCCAGAAGGAGAGCUCCGUCUAGGUUCUGCUAGCUGACGUGUCAACGGCGGCGUCAGCGGCCGUGUCAACGACGGCGUCAGCGGCCAUGUCAGUAGUGGCGUCAGCUGGGUGUCAGCAGUGGCGUCAGCGGCCGUGUCAGCAGUGGCGUCAGCGGCCAUGUCAGCAGUGGCAUCAGCGGCCGUGUAAGCAGUGGUGUCAGCGGCGGUGUAAGCAGUGGCGUCAGCGGCCAUGUAAGCAGUGGCGUCAGCGGCCGUGUAAGCAGUGGCGUCAGCGGCCGUGCAAGCAGUGGCGUCAGCGGCCGUGUAAGCAGUGGCGUUAGCGGCCGUGCAAGCAGUGGCGUCAGCGGCCGUGCAAGCAGUGGCGUCAGCGGCCGUGUAAGCAGUGGCGUCAGCGGCGGUGUCAGUGAUGGCAUCAGGAUGAUGUACUCAAACAGAGAUGGGACUACAAGCAAGACCAGUGAACUAAGGGAAAAAUCGCAAGAAAUAAACCCAAAUGUAAUUGGACUCGCAGAAAGAAAACUCACAGGAAUCAUAACAAAUGCAGUGUUUCCCCAGGACUACACUGUAAUAAGGAAAGAGAGGGAAGGAAGAAGAGGAG